AUGUCGCUGGGGAGGCACUCGUCACCGACUAACGCGAUACAACCGUUGGACGCGGAAAAAAUCCUACCGGCUCGACCAGACAACGUAAAGCUCUUUAAGGACGUUAAAGGACGAAUGGGUUCCGUUAAGAUGCCAUCUUUAUUAGAAGCCCUCGAACAGAAGUAUGGUGAAAGUUCGACGGAUUCCGAUGGUUCGGAAGACGAAGGUAUUUCCGUGUCCAUUUUCGUGCCUUGUAAAUCCCCGAGAGCCGUAGUACCGGCCCUUUUGGUACUCAACGACUGUGACAUCGCCACUGCCGGUGAAAAAGAGGCCUUGAUAGCCAAAUGCGCCAGCGUCGAGGAAUUGGACUUGGCCAAAAACAAAUUGCAAGAAUGGCCCGAGGUAUUCGGUAUCUUAGAGCAGAUGCCUCGGCUUAAAUUCGUCAAUUUGAGCUUCAACGUGCUAUCCACUCCGCUCAAAUCCGAAGUGGAGCUCGACAAAGGCACGCAAUGGCAGCAACUGAAAAGUCUAGUGUUAAAUUCCACGUACAUAAGUUGGGACAGCGUCCAGGAAAUCCUGGACCACCUGCCGAAUUUGGAAGAACUCCACCUUAGUUUGAACGACUACAACGACGUUCGUCUACAAGAGUUAAAUAACUGUGAUAGCGGCAUAAACGACAACGAAGUCGCCCGUUCCCCCAGCGAGUCCGAGGACGCCAAAACGUGCUCCUGUCCCCCCAAACCGAACCAUAAGCAUACGGGAUUGAGGGUCUUCCACUUCAACGGCAAUCCCGUGGAGGACUGGAAGGAAGUGGUGAAAAUAGGAUACGCUUUUCCUAAUUUACAGACCCUAGUUCUGGCCGAUUGUCCUAUUAGAACGUUGGACGUUGACGAGGACUUGGAGGAGGACGGUGGAGGCGGUAAUAUGAACUACGAGAGAACUGAAAGCCAGUGCACGGCGUGCACUGAUAAGUGCUCGCCUCACGGCGGAUUCCAAAACUUAAAAAUCAUCAAUAUGAACUCGACCAAUAUUUCCACGUGGAACGACGUGGAAAAGUUGGCCAAAUUCCCUAAAUUGGAGUGCGUUAGAAUUCAAGCGUGUCCCAUUUGGGAGAGUAACGAAUAUACGGAGCACGAGAGGCGGCAAUUGCUCAUUGCGCGAUUACCGAACGCCAAGACGCUCAACGGCGGUAGUAUAUCCACUGAGGAAAGAGAGGACGCCGAACGGGCUUUCAUUAGGUAUUAUAUGGACAAACCGGAGAGCGAUCAGCCGGAAAGGUUUUUCGAAUUAAUCCAAAUCCACGGUAAAUUGGACCCUUUGGUAAAAGUUGAUCUCCGGCCGGAAAAACGAGUGAAAGUGACCUUUACGUGCGGAGAAAACAGCGAAACUAGGCCUCUAGAUUUAUCCAGAACAGUAUGGGAUCUCAAGGUAAAGUUGGAAGGAUUCGCUGGAUUUUCCGCGUCAAAAAUGCGGCUGUUCUACGUCGACCAGGACUUGAGAGACUUCCAGGGACCGGAGUUGAUGAAGUUCCCCAACAAGCGGCUGUACAGCUACAACAUUCGCAACGGUGACGAAAUAAUAAUAGACUGUAAAAAGAAACCGACCGCCCCGACGACGUCCUUCGUCCUUCGGAAUCUUCGACAUGCGUCUCGGUUCUCGUGGCACGCGUACAACCCCCGAAGAGCGCGCGCACUUCGCAAGAAGAGGGGCGCCCAUUCGGUAGGUAGAAAACCGUAUGCUACGGCCCGCCGAAGACACAUCACACUGUUCGAUGUUUUCGGAACGAUCAACACGUGCUGCUAUCGACCACUAAAGCUCUAA